GUCGACGAAGAAAACGGUUGUAUUGAAAACCGAGACGAGGAGCGGAGCAGAGGGUAGAAACUCACCGGCAAGCAGGCUAAGCUCCCACGGCAAAACCCUCCCAGACAAGCAAAAGAAAUUGGAGACAAUACUUUGAGUCCAGUUUCCGAGCCAGUAGAUUUCACUGUUAGCCGGGCCACCGCAGACAAGUAGCGCAGAUGGACACCAGAAACAACUCUGAAGAUAAAUCUGUCCAGCGAUCAAAGUCUUUCAGCUUUAAGACCCAAAAGGAAGUGUGUGCAACAUGUGAGAAGACAGUCUACCCAAUGGAGAGAUUGGUUGCCAACAACCUGGUUUUCCAUUCAGCAUGCUUCUGCUGCAAGCACUGCAAAGCCAAGCUGAGCCUCGGCUCCUUCGCAGCUCUUCAGGGCGAGUUUUACUGCAAGCCCCACUUCCAGCAGCUUUUCAAAAGCAAAGGCAACUAUGACGAAGGUUUCGGACGCAAGCAGCACAAAGAGCUCUGGGCUUCCAAGGAGUCAGAUAACAUCACAAAGUCGCCAUGAUCACACCUGCCUUUUAUUGUUUUUUUUGUCCUUUUGAACACCUCCAGCAUGUUUUGCGAUGAACACAUGCCUCGUUAUGCUGGGGCGCAGUUAAUUCCACCACGCGCUUUUUUAAAAAACGCCAUCUGAACAGAAACAUGCACAAACUACUUAUAAAUGACCCAUAGCAUCAAAACGUCUGGAGAUUUUAAUCAACUAUCAUUUUAGACCUUUAUUUUUCUCUUUCCUGUGGAAUUGAUAGUUGAUUGUGACCAAAUUUCUUCCCUGCACUAAAAUAAACAAAAUCUUGCCAAGUGUUUUUGGUCUAGUUUGUAUUGCAAAUAUCUUAAUUCACAUGAAAUAUCGACAAUAAACUUACAAAUAUUUUUUCAGAAAGAAAUAAUAGCUAAUAACUCCUUAAUAUUCAUGAAAAAUACUAGUUCCAUUGGCAGAUUAUUCCACUUAAACAAUGGGAAAAGUUUCUUGUUAUAAGUGAAAUAAACUGCCAGUGGACUGUGUACUUUUUAAUCAGUAUUUUUUGAAAACAAGCUCUUAUUUCUUAAAUUGUUAAGUUAAUUUUGUCUUAUUUCAAGUUUACUAAGAUAUUUGCGCUAGAAGCUCACCCAAAAUUACUUGGUUAAGCUUUUGUGUUUUUGCAGUGUAAAACGGGAGCGCAUCAAAACCGUUUCUUUUUCUACUCAAAAUAAAAAGAAAUGGUAGUAAUAAUAAUAAUUUGCACCAUUUUUUUGUUUUGUUUUGUUUUCUACCACAUCCUCAGGCAUUUCAGAAGAGUUUCAGAGCAACAAUGUUUCAAACAGAGCAUGCACUCAGGUCAGUUUUUACCCAAUAAUCAAGAUCGAUGCAUAGAUUCAAACAAUCCCUCGCUGUGGUACGCUGUUACAGGUUUAUUCAGGAACAAACAGGGUACUGUAUAACAACCGCAUACAUCAGCAACAGCUCACCUCAUGUUUUGCUUUUUCUUAUUAAUAUUCAAUUAAUCCACUUCCUGGUUUUGAAUUCCCAGUCCCAGUCUUAUCCUUGCAUGUUAGUAUGACUGGGUCUUAUUAGCCUUACCUUUCAACUGUAAUUACGUCUUGUGUUGUGAACGGUUUUGUUUCAUCACUGCAUACACUGCAAAAACACAAAAUAUUACUAAGUAAUUUUGGUCGAGUUACUAGUGCUUGAAGUAAGACAGAGCUAAGUUACAAACAACUUUUCAGCAGCACGAAGGAGCUUGUUUUAAGUUACUACUUCCUUAACAUUGAUGAAAAAGGGCCAGUUUCCAUUAGCAACUAGCUAAUUGGCAGAUUAUUUCUUUUAUAAUAUGAGGAAAAUGUUUUGUUAUAAUUUAAAUAAUCUAGCAGUAGAACUAGUGCUUUUUAAAUUAAUAUUAAGGAAUUACUGACUUAAAAUAAGCUCCCAUAUCUUGGUGAAAAGUAACUUAGUUUUGUCUUAUUUCCAGUUUACAAAGAUAUUUGAGCUAGAAACUCGUCCAGAAUUACUUAAGCUUUUGUGUUUUUGCAGUGUAGCAGCCUGUUUCUCUACUUUUAUUGUCAGAAUAUCCAAUAAUUUCUGAAACCUGUGUUUUGUAUGCUAUCUGUACAUAGAGCCGUGGUUUGUGAUUGUCGACCGUUUCCCUUCUCCUCUAUCUUGCUGUACUCUCACUUUGCACAAGCAAACACAAUUACCAAACAUGAUGUAGAAAAUCACGACGGAAACUGAGGCCUUGUCUGCUUACAUGUGAAAACAGACAAGAAAAUGUUGCUCCUCUGUUGUUUGAGGCAUGUUAGUCAUUGAUAAGUCUUGUGAAGAUUGUGAUUGUUAAUCGAAAUUCUUAAAGAAUUAGUCUACUCGAUGUUUUUGAUUCAUAAAGAUGUGGAUGAAACCUUUUUGGGUAAGAGAUGAAGCAUCUUGGAGAAAUUGUGUGGCAUUCAUACCACUGGAUAGUCAUCAUUUCCAUCCCCCCCAAAAAGGUGGAUAAGAUUCACUUUUGUAUUAUUGCCUUUCUCUUCAUACUUUCUGUUACGCAAGUGGACCUAUUCUCAAAAUGCUCGUUUUGCAGCGUUCAUGCUUGCAAACCCCAUUGCAGACCUCCCUCUGCUGGAGAAUGCGUGUCAGUGAACGAGGGCCCUGCUAAUAAUUUGCCUAAGAACCUAACAGCCUUUUUCAAAACGUUGCCUCGGUCUGCUGUGCUUUUUAAUCAAAACUCCCAAGAGAAUCUAGUUAAUCGAUGUCUCCAUCUUUAUAUUCCGCCAAUUAAAUAUCUAAUUUCCUAAAUUGUGUGAAUAUUGCUGACUUGAAUGACACAAAGUACGUUUUUUGACUGAAAGUUUACUGUGAAACUGAGCAUGCUGUGCGGAAAAGAGAAAGAGAGCCAAGCCUUAGAAAUAAGCAGUUGACCUGAUUGUGUUUAAACAAGAUUCCCAUAAGAAGUCAAUGUUUCUGGGGUUUUUUAAUGUUUUUUUGUUUCGAGCAUGUGUCAAACUCGAGGCCCGGGGGCCAACUCUGGUCCACCAUCACCUUUUGUGGCCGUUUGAUGCCAACAGUCAAGAGAACAAUGUUCUUAAACAUUGUUUUAUCAAUUAAAUCAAAUCUGUUUUUAUCUAUUUUCUGCCAGAUUACGUCAAUCAGUCCCUCCAGUGUCUUGCAAAUUAUUGUGGAAAUUCACUCAAAAUGAACAAAUCCAUGCACUUUUUCACGCUAACACAUAAUUAUGAGUUUAUUGAAAAUUUUUCACAAAAAGAUUUGGGUUUCAAUGGUGCUCUCUUUCUUACUUGGACUAAACAGCUGCCUCAGCCUGAACUGAUGUCAGAUUAUAGAAAUAAAAAAUCACAUUUAUCAUCACAAAUAAGUAUCAUUAUUAAUAAUCUUUGGUUAAAAAUUAAAUGUGAAAUCCUGGAGGGACUGAAAACAUGUUCAAUAUUGUUUAAUUUUAAGAAUUAAUUAAUAUUUUAACUGGUUUUAUCAAUAAAUUCUGGGACACCCGGGCCUUUAAGAGCACUCUUACCUUGAUUUGACCCAAAAUGAAAUAAGAUCCCUUCACCAAACCAGCAGCCAUCAUUUUUAUCCACAUUUUCCACAAACGUUUUUCUUCUUGCGGUUUCUACAUUUUCAACGCUUUAAAAUCAAGUGGCUUGUUUUUUGAAAUGCUGUUUAUGUCAUCCUCUGCAGUUUGCCAAGGUACAACAGCAGAAUCUGUGAACUGCACACCUUUACACCUGCACAGUUGAGUAAAGCAGAAAAGGUAAACUGGUUUACUCUGGAGCCCAGAGGCUCAGGUGAAUGAUUGCAGUGUGACAUGACGUGAGUCUGCUCCUUUUUGUGCUGGACAUACAUGUUGUUUCUAUUGCUGUUGUCACCGAGACGAUAAUAAUGUACGCAUCUCUGAAGGUGUAUCGUUUUCCAGACUUGACCUGAGGGUUGAGAUGGCCUUACAGCAAAAAUAAAUUGAAAAAGAAGAGGUUUGGACUGCUUGCAGUCUUUCCCCCCGUAUUCCUUUAAUACUUGUUUCAAAUGUAAGCAUCUCUUUCCUUUCCAUCAUUAUACACAAUCAAUUUUUUCUUUUUUUACAUGCUUUUGGAAAAAAAAUAAAUGCUGGUGUUGAUUUAAAUCA